CUCCUCCCAGUUAUAUCCCCUUCGCCCCCGCUCGCUUCUGCCCUAGAAGUCUUCUGAAACCCUAAAAAAACCCCUAGAAAUGGCCAAAAAGAGGAAACCCGAGCAAAAACCAAUAGUCAUAGAAGACGAAUCUUCCCAAGAAGAAGAAGAAGAAGAACAACAAGAACAAGAGGAAUCCUCAGAGUCAGAUUCUGAAGAGGUCGAAGAGGAAGAAGAAGAAGAAGACGAAGAAGAAGAACAACAACAGAAGCAAGGAGAUUCAUCCGAAGCCGAAGAAGAUUCCGAUUCGGAAGAAUCCGAAUCGCAAGACGAGUCAUCCAAACGCGAUACGAUUCGUAAUCUCCUCCAGCCCUUCGGCAAGGACCAGCUCAUCGACAUCCUCAAGGCGGCUGCUCUCAAGAACCGUUCGAUCGCGUCUCGCCUCAUCUUGGCCGCAGAAUCCGAUCCGGUCCACCGCAAGCUCUUCAUCCAUGGCCUCGGAUGGGACGCCACCAACGACACGCUCCUAUCGGCGUUCAAGAUCUACGGUCCGAUUGAAGAUUGCAAUGUCGUGACUGACAAGAUCACUGGUAAAUCCAAGGGCUAUGGGUUCGUGCUGUUCAAGACCCGUGCUGGCGCCCGUAAGGCGCUGGAGCAGCCGCAGAAGAAGGUUGGUGGGCGGGCGAUUUCCUGCCAGCUCGCGUCGUUCGGGCCUGUCCCCGGGGGGCAAGCGGGGGGGUCCAGCGAGUCGACAGCGGGACGGAAGAUCUUCGUCCGGAAUGUACCUCCCAAUGUUGACCUUGAACGGCUCCGGGCGUUCUUCGGGAGGUAUGGCGAGAUUGAGGGCGGCCCUGUGGGAUGUGGACGGGGGUUUGCAAUCUUCACCUAUAAGACUGCAGAAGAGUGUAGGAAGGCGUUGGAGGAGCCAAUUAAGGUGUUUGAAGGGUUCCAAUUAAGUUGCCAGCGGGCAAUCGAGAAGGCCCCAGCAGGCAAUAAGCCGGUGGGGCCCACACUUGGGGCGGGAAUACUGCAGCCAAACGAUCUUGCGCUAGCCUACAAUUCAACGGCUUUGUUGGGUUUGAAUGCAGGUAUGUUAGGUCAGAAUUUGAAUCCGGCAGCAGCAGGUCUUGUGGGUCAGAAUCCGGCAUUGGGUGUGGGGUUGUCAUCUGCAGCAGGUAGUGGGCUGUCACCUACUGUGAAUCGGAGCAGCGGGCCCUCUUCUCUUUAUGGGGUCGGAUUGGGUGCCACGGGACUCAGUGGACAGUCAGGGAUCAAUAGCAUUAGCCCGAGUGUUAUCGGGAGUUACGGGUCGCAGGCAGCUCUGCAAGGAUUGGGUGCAUACCAGAGUGCACAGUUCGGUCAAUCAUCAGCGGCAGCGGCAGUGUCUGCGACGAGGUCUCAAUCUGGUAUUGGAUUGAUUGGAAGCUUUCCGCCGUCUUAUCUUGGACGCUAGAUAAAACAGGUAAAAGCCAACUGAGAGAUGGACAAGAUCUAAUUAUACAGGAGCAGUUAAGUGCAGCAUGACGAAAGAGAAGGGUAGUUUUUUCUCUGGCUCAAUGUCAUUAGGGAGAUCUAGUUCGCCAGGUCAGUUAAAAUGGCCAUGUGCUCUGUGCAUUGUUAGCUGUAGUUUGGUUUGCCAAACAUACAUUAAUCAUAUCUAAAGAGUUUUUUUUUUUUUUCGAAAGGAAUCUUUAUGUUCCAUCUGAUCCCCUUACCAAUUUGCUGUUAAACAUCUUUAUUCAAUAGUUCCAGGACAAUCAAUGGGAUGAUAGGACUGAGUUUUUCCGGGUCGAAAUUCAAACUGGUGGGACUGGGCCUUUUGGAAAUUAUGGUUCGU